GGACGGUCGAUGGAACCGCGGAAACGGGAGGACAAGCGCUUCCAUGGCGCGUUCACGGGCGGCUUCUCCGCGGGCUACUACAACACGGUUGGCAGCAAGGAAGGCUGGGCGCCCAAGGCGUUCCAGUCGUCGCGGGAUGGCGGCGCCGCGCCGACGCAGCGCAUUGAAGAUUUCCUCGACGACGAAGACGACCAGCUCCUCGGUCGGCGCCUCGAGCUCGCGUCCAAGUACGACCCGAACAAUGCCACGCAGGACGCGACGAGCAAGCACAUGCAGCAGGCCCAAGCCCAUGGCGCGUCGAUUCCCGGCUUCAUGCCCGACGACUUUAUCCAGCCCUCGCGCGACUCGGUGGGCACGAAGCUUCUCUCAAGCAUGGGCUGGAAGCAAGGCCAGGGCGUCGGCCCCAAGAUCCGCAAGAGCAAGCUGAGCCGCUUCGACGACGGUGGCCAUGGCGAUGACGUUGUCUACGUUGCGCCCAAGCACAACGUGGACGUUACGGCCUUCCCGACGCCCAAGCUCGACAACUAUGGCGUCGGGUACGACCCGUACAUUGACGCGCCCGAGUUUGCGUUCCUCAAGCGGCGCCAAGACGCGGCGAAAGCAGCAUCCGGCGUGCGCCAGAUCAUGACGUUCGCCGACGCGAUGAAGCCAUCAGUCGGGCGCAGCAACAUGGGCCAUGGACUCAGUGCGCUCGAAGAGAACGACGACUACGACGUGUACGCGGUCGAGACCCAAGACAACUUUGACCGCGAGCUCCACGACGGCGCGUCACGGAAGCGCCUUCGCGCCCCGACGCCCGCCGAUGCCAAGACACGCGCAUUUCAAGUGUGCAGCGACGGCCGACCGCUGCUCAAAGGCUACGUGCUUCGUCGCGUGACGCCCAAGCCGUCCAAGGCCCUUCUCGCCCCGCUGAACGUGCCACCGACGUACGAGCCAGGUCGGCUGUUCCGUCCGCGGCCAGCGCCGCCGAGCUUGUACAACGACCACGCGUUCACGCUGCCGAAACGCGGCACGUCGACGACGCUCACGGCGACGCAGCGCGGUGCGCUCCUUGGCGAGCCGGUCGCCAAACCGUUGACAGCGCCCGCCUUGGGCGAGCAAGUGCGGGCGGGGAUGCUGGCCGCCAUGUCGAGUCGGUUUCAAUCCGCGUCGUCGGCGAGUGAGCUGGCGGCGCCAAAAGCCGACGAGCGCAAGCCGCUCGAGCGGGCGACGCUGCCGUGGAAACCGGACCGGCUCCUCUGCAAGCGCUUCCGCGUCCAGCGACCCGAUGAGUUUGUUGAUGGAACCAAAGCCAGCGCGCUUGUGGACGAGAGCCAAGCACGGUUCGACCGCGAGAUCGUGUCGCACCUCAAGGACGCCGACGGAUUCAAGGCGCCGCCAAAAGCCAGGACGGAGGAUGCGCUGUUGCCCGAGCUGCCGCCGGUCGUGCGACCGCCCGAAGACCUCUUCAAGUCGAUCUUUGAUGUCGACGAGCAAAGUCAAGGUGAGGAUGACGAGAGCAGCAGCAGUAGCGACGAAGAUGAAGCAACGGAAGCGAUGGCCGCGCCGACCAUGGCACAGAAGACGUUGUCCAAUGUUGUGCAGCAGCACUCGAGCGUCGUCGUUGCGCCAUCCGCCACACACGAUGCGUCGGACGACAGUAGCAGCAGCAGUGACGACGACGCGUCGACCACCCGCCGUCGGUCGCACAAGGCGGAGAAGAAGCGCAAGCACAAGGCCAAGAAGGAAAAGAAAGCUAAAAAGGAGAAAAAAGCCAAAUCGCACAAGAAAGACUCCAAGCGCCGCCGAAAAGAUUAGUUAAUCGUUUGCAAUGAUUUGAGUCGAAUGAAUGUAUCAACUGCGACCCGUUGA